AGACGUCCAGCAACGGUCCCGCUGAGCGGUUGGUCGGACGGUCGGACGUACGCACCCAAGUAGUAUUAUUAACUAGGAAAAGGAAGAGAUUAUGUUCCCGCUGCUGUUGAGCCGCACCGUUUUCGUUGUCUGCCGCUGCUGUCUGGUGGAGCAGCCGACGCUCUGCCACAGCAUCGGCGACAACCAGCAACUGAGCAUCGAGCUGCUCGAACUGGUGCCCAAUCUAGAGAUCAAGCCCAGCGAUGUCAUCUGUCAGCUGUGCCUGCAUCGUCUGCACGACGCUCUCGAGUUCCGGCAACGCUGCCAGGACUCGGAGCGGAUUCUGCGCGCCCGCCACGAACAGGCACUCGACGAUGCCCUCGAGUGUCUGGAGCGGGAAGUCGGUUGUCUGGAACAGGCCAAGUCCACGUCCAUGUCAUCGCUAGGCGAUCCCGUCGAUUUCGGCACCUUGGAUCUGUCGGAUACAUUUGAGAGCAGCUAUGAACCAACAAACCGGACAACGUCCUCCGUCAGCUGGGACUCGGGCAUACUGAACACGCCCAUCCAUUUGCCAGCCUCGCUGGAACAGCUGGAACAACAACAACAGCAGCAGCAGGAACAAAGCAAUACAAUUGAAGGAUCUAUGGAUACCAAACCGAAGCGGAAGCGAGCGCCACGGAAAUCUGCGGGAACUGUGCCCCGGAGUAGGCCGCACAAAUCGAUGCGUCCUUGCCCCGAGUGUGGCAAGAAGUAUACGCGUAACUCACAGCUCAAGUCGCACAUGUCGUCGGUGCACAGAGUGGGCGAUUGCCUCAGCUACGAUUGCACCGUGUGCUCAAAGCGAUGUGCCUCGCUGCACGGCCUGCGCUAUCACGUGAGAUCGGCCCACUCGAUGGAGCGACCCUUUUCCUGCGAAAUCUGCGAUCGUCGCUUUGUGCUGCGCACCCAGCUGAUCUCGCACGCCCGCGUCCAUACGGGCGAGACGAAGCCGCGGAUCUUCAAUUGUAAUAUGUGCAAGAAGACGUGGCCAACGAAAUCGGAUUUGCGCACACAUAUGCGAUCCCAUGACCCGGACAAGUCCAAGCGGCCAUUCAAAUGUGAUAAAUGCGAGAAGGCAUUCUUUACGCGGGGCCAUCUCAAUUCGCAUCAUUUGGUGCACACCGGCGAGAAGCCCUUCACCUGCACAUACUGUGACAAGUCGUAUCAGAGUAUUGGCAAUCUCAACAAUCACAUGGCUCGAAUGCACACCAAUCCGGGCAAGGAUCACCAAUCGAAUCUGAACUACAACAGCUCCAUGGAUAUGGAAACGUGAGAGGAACUCAAAUCGUGGAUUAGAACCAAAAAAUACCCACUAUCAACGGCUUUAAUCAAAACAAGUGCCUGGCUGUCUGACCGUAAACAAACAGAUGAGAGCGAGGAGAGAGGGCAACCAGAGUAGACAGAGACAGAGACAGAGCAGACGCUCAGCAAAGAUAAUUUGUGAUUGUGGGCCGCACUUGCUUCAAUUACAAAGCCGACCACAACACAACAACAAAAAACACAAACAACAACGUGAUAUGUCAUAAUUAUGGGCCUGACUUGAGGCUCACAAAAAAGCAACAAAAAAAAAAAGAAAAAUAAGAAUAAGAAAAGUGUUAAUCCAAUUAAGUUUGAUUUAACACCGGGAAGUGACCGCUGACUGGCCUAGGUCAGCGUUUCGUUUGCGGACAGUGGAGGCAAAGCAGAUCAGGCGAAAGUGCAAACAAGAAUGUUGGGAGGCAAAGAGUUCUCCAACUGAGUCACAAACGAUAAGCGACAGCGGUGCAUGAUAACCCUGUCACCCUUUUUAGGUACCAGGAAAAUAAUAAUAAAA